AUGAGGUUGUUUCAGUUUUUUUUGCUGCUGACGAUUUACUUACACGGUGCUUUCGCUGUCAAAGAAUAUCUAUUCAAGAAAUGUGCACAAUCUGGGUUCUGUAAUAGAAAUAGACAUUUUGCUUCACAAGUUGCUGAAAAUGUUGAUUAUCAAUCUAGGUAUUCAAUUGAUGAAUCCACAUUGAAUUAUAUUGAAUCUGAUGCUUCAAUUGUUGGUGAUAUUUUCAAAACUGUUUCUGAUUCUACAAAAAUUAGAUUCCCAUUCAUUAUUAACAUUUUAGAAAAUAAUAAUAUUAGAUUAAGAAUUGAUGAAGAUCGUUCUCAAAUUAAAUUGGAAAAUAAAUUAUUGAAAAAGGAAAGAUAUAAUGAAGCUUCAAAAUAUGCAUUCAAUGGUGAACCAAAAUCAUCAACAAAUUAUAAAUUUAAUCAAAUUUCAAAUGGGAAAUUUUCAAUAGUUUAUGGUGAUAAAAAUCAAUAUGAAGCUAUAAUCUAUACUACACCUUUUAAAAUUGUUGUUAAUUAUAAUGGUGAAGAACAAUUAGUCCUUAAUGACCGUUCAUUUUUAAAUAUUGAACAUUUCAGAACAGAAGAUGAAAAUGAUGUCAAUUUAACACCUGAAGAAUCAUCAUUCAAUUCCUUCCAUGAUGAUUUCAAAGAUUCUAAAGAUGAUUCAUUAAUUUUUGGUCCUGAAUCCGUGGCAUUGGAUGUUAGUUUCAAUGGGUUUAAACAUGUUUAUGGUAUCCCAGAACAUGCUGAUACAUUAUCAUUAAAAGAUACUUCAGAAUCUGAACCAUAUCGUUUAUAUAAUGUUGAUAUCUUUGAAUAUGAAACUGAUAGUAGAUUACCAAUGUAUGGUGUUAUUCCAUUCAUGGUUGCUCAUAAAGUUGGAUUAUCUGCCGGUAUCUUUUGGGUUAAUGCUGCUGAUACUUAUGUUGAUAUUAAAAAAACUGAAAAUCAAGUUGAUAAUGUCUUGAGUUCUAAAACAGAUACUAAAACUCAUUGGAUUUCUGAAAAUGGUAUCUUGGAUAUUGUGAUCUUGAUUGGUGAAACUCCAACUGAUGUUACUAAAUCAUAUGCUUCAUUGACUGGUAAUGUUCAACUACCACAAUUAUUUUCAUUAGGAUAUCAUCAAUGUAGAUGGAAUUAUAAUGAUGAAGAAGAUGUUUUACAAAUCACUGAAAAUUUUGAUAAAUAUGAUAUUCCAUAUGAUGUUAUUUGGUUAGAUGUUGAAUAUACUGAUUCAAAAAAAUAUUUCACAUGGAAAAAGGAAUUAUUCCCAGAUCCAGAAAGAAUGUUGAAUAAAUUAGAUGAAACUGGUAGAACUCUUGUUGCAAUUAUUGAUCCACAUUUGAAAACAGAUUAUGAAGUUAGUGAUGAAGUCAUCAAGCAAGAUAUUGCCCUUAAAAAUAAUAAAGGUGAACCUUUUAAAGGUCAUUGUUGGCCAGGUGAAUCAGUUUGGUUUGAUUCUUUUAAUCCAAAAUCUCAAAAAUAUUGGGAUCAUCUAUUUAGAAAUGGUACAGGAUUAGCUGGUGAUGCUACAAAUUUCCAUAUUUGGAAUGAUAUGAAUGAACCUUCAGUCUUUUCAGGUCCUGAAACUUCAUCACCAAAAGAUUUAAUAACUUAUGGUGAUUGGGAAAUUAGAUCAGAUCAUAAUGUUUAUGGUUUAACAUUCCAUGAAGCUACAUAUGAAUCAUUAACCAAAAGAUUUGUUAAUAAGAGACCUUUCAUCUUAACAAGAGCUUAUUAUUCAGGUUCACAAAGAACUGCAUCAAUGUGGACUGGUGAUAAUAUGUCAAAAUGGGAAUAUUUAAAAAUUUCAUUACCAAUGAUUUUAACUUCAAAUGUUGUAAAUAUGCCAUUUGCAGGUGCUGAUGUUGGUGGAUUUUUUGGUAAUCCUUCAAAAGAAUUAUUAACAAGAUGGUAUCAAGCAGGUAUUUGGUAUCCAUUCUUUAGAGCUCAUGCUCAUAUUGAUUCAAGAAGACGUGAACCUUGGGUUCCUGGUGAACCUUAUACUUCACAUAUUAGAGAUGCUCUUAAAAUUCGUUAUGCAUUAUUACCAUUAAUUUAUACUAAAUUUUAUGAAUCUUCAAUAACAGGUUCUCCAGUUGUUGAUCCAUUAUUUUAUAUUACUCCUGAAAAUAUCAAAUCAUUUGAAAUUGAAGAUGAAUUUUAUUUUGGUGGGUUAUUAGUUAAACCUGUUACUGAUGAAGGUGCAGAAUCUGUGGAAAUUUAUAUUCCAGAUGAUGAAAUUCAUUAUGAUUAUGAAACAUAUCAAACUUAUCAAGGUGAAGGUGAUCAUCAUAUCGAGGCACCAUUAGGUAAAAUCCCAAUUUUAAUUAGAGGUGGUACUAUAACACCAAGAAAAGAUAGAGUUCGUAGAUCUUCAAAAUUGAUGAAAUAUGAUCCAUAUACACUUGUUGUUGCUUUAGAUUCUAAAGGUGAUGCUAAAGGUACAUUAUAUAUUGAUGAUGGUGAAACUUUUGAUUAUGAAAAUGGUGAUUACUUAUAUAUAAAUUUUGAAGUUUCAAAUAAUGAAAUUAAAUCUAAUGUUAAUAGUGGUUCAUUAAAUGCUUCAAAUAAAGUUGAAAAAAUCAUUAUUAUUGGAAGUUCUACUGGUGGAAUUGGUAAUGAAGCCACUGUUUCUCAAGGAUCUGAAUGGACUACAAGUAUCAUUUCUGGUGAAAAUCAUGCUGUUAUUAAAUCACCAGGUGUUAAAUUGAAUGAAAAUUGGUCCAUUAAGUUUUAA